UACAAAUCCUCUCUUCAUCCUUUUUUUUUGUGUGUUCUUCAGAUUCUUGGAAACAAACUUAAAACAAACUUAAAGGCAUAAAAAAACGGGGGUUAGUGUUGACGGUGACAAAAAUGCCUUGUCUUUACAUUACUACAAACGUGAGUAUGGAGGGCGUUGACACCGAUCCGUUUUACUCGGAAGUCACAAAAGCCGUCGCUUCCAUUGUUGGACGGCCUCAAAAUUUGGUGAUGGUGGUCCUGAAGGGGUCAAUAGAGAUAGUGUUUGGAGGGAACAAAGAAGCAGCUGCAUAUGCAGAGAUUGUGUCUAUGGGAGGCAUCACUAAACAAGUUAAAAGAAAGCUUAUAGCAACCGUUGGUUCUAUUCUCCACUCUCAUUUUUCUAUUCAUCCUACUCGUUUUAUCUUUAAAGUUUUUGAUAUGCAAGCUUUGCCUCUUCCUUCUAAGCUAUAGUUUUAUGAUAUGUUUAUUGUUCACCAAACACAAAGUUAUAAGUUUGGUUGGUACGACCGCAUACACAUCAAUAUAUCUUUUAAACUUUGUAUCAUUGUAUCUUUACAAGUUCCAUUAUUAGAUUAUUAUAUCAUCA